CGCGCGCGGCGGGGAGGGGGCGCGCGGCGGUGGCGGCGGCGGCGGCGGUUGGUGGCGGUUAGUGGCGCCAUGCCGGGGCUCUGGGAGCGGUUGGCGGGCGGCGAGCGCGGCCGCCUGGAGACCUCGGACUGCGAGUCCCUGGGCAGCGCCUCCGGCUCGGAGGGAGACCCCGAGUAUGCUGACGAGGCCUCCCUGCCGGACCUGGACCUGCUGCAUGACCCCGAGGACGAGCUGCUGUGCGCCAACCUGAUGGAAGUGGUCCAGGCCACGCUGGGCAAGGCCCCCCUGGGCCCCAAGCGCUGCUCUCGGCUCCUCAUGCCAGACCAGCUUGUAGCACAAGUGCGGACAGAGCUGCUGCACCUGGCCUGCAGCGAGCCCUGCGGGCUGCGAGGGGCCCUCCUCGACCUCUGUGUGGAGCACGGCAAGGCCUGCCACGACGUGGGGCACAUCACCGUGGACCCUGCCGUGGUGCCCACCUUCCAGCUCACCCUUGUGCUCCGGCUGGACUCUCGCCUCUGGCCCAAGAUCCAGGGACUCCUUGCCUCGGCGCCUGCUUUCACGCCUGGCUUCAGCCAGUCGCUGAAGCUGGGCACAGGCUUCAGGGUCAUCAAGAAGAAGUUAUACAGCUCUGAGCAGCUGCUCAUCGAGGAGUGCUGAUGGGCUGCGCUGGAGGGGGCCAGCCACGGCAUGCCAGCCUGGAGAAACAGCUCACCCAAGUGCUUUCGGAAGAGCUAACAAGAGGGAGGGGGAAAAAAAGGGGAGAAAAAAAAAAAAAAAAAGCUGGUUAGAGCAUGGCAGCUCUCAGCAGCCACUGUAGUUUAGGUUAGGUGUAGUAGAGCUUUAGGUUGAAGUAGUUUGGGCAGGCGGAGGUCCCUGCCGUGACACCCACGCUGGGGUGUCCCCAGUGCAGGCGGAGCAGCCCUGCCGGGGGGCGCUGGCCCAAGGUGGCAGCGGUGGGGGCUGUGCUGUGCUAGCUGGACACUUUGAUGACUGUAGGAUGUCGCGACUGCGGCGAUGUGCUCCCUGUCCCGGCGGCAGGGCUGCCGGGAACAGGCCCUCUCCCCACUGUUGGUGACUUCUUUGGUGACUUCUCUUUCUUGUUAACGAUGAUUGUAAUUGAUGGUUUUGGGGGAGGGUGCGUGUGUGGGAAUGAGUGACCUGAGUCUGGAUCUGAGACAAAACUCCACUACUGACAUCUGGGCAGCUAUGUUCAGACUCCCAGGAAAAGCGGGAGCCGGGAUGACGGGGCAGGGGUCUGAAAUUGUGUUGUCUUUGAUCCCUGAAACGAACCCUGCUGGAAGGUGCCCGCGGCGCUGGUGGGAGAGGGGGCGCGCGGCGACGCUGGGACCGAGGGCAGGAUCCCUCGCAGGCCUCCUGGGCGGUACGCGCUCCCGUUGAUUACAGUUUACACUAGUUCACUUGAUGUUCAAGUGCAGAACUUCUAUGCAAUUGUGUCCCCCCCCCCCCCUUUUUUUUUUUUUUUUUUACUUUUCUAAUAAAAACCUUUCUAAUGGA